AAAAAAGAUCAGAACAGAGAAUUAAACCAUCUAAAUACAAAUAUUCGUUCUUUCAGAAAAUGGGGAUUGUAGCAUUCCAAUGGGGAGACAAACAACUGACGCUGCUGCAGAACAGAGAGGAUUGUGAUUCAUGGAAAACAGAACCGGUGGCUUGGGACGAAGAUAACAAGAUAUUGAGAGGUCUGCCUGAAAACAGCUUUGGGACGUGGUGUGGUGUUUCUAGACGAGGCCGAGUUGCAUUUCUUGUGGAUGCAUUGCUCCAUGACAAUCUUAGCCCUUCCAUGUUUCGUCCUGUUGAUUUCUUGCGGGGGGAAAUGAGUCCAAUGGACUUUGCAAAGGAAUGGUCUGCAGAUUCCAAAUGUGCCUACAUCAUGAACAGGGGUCUGGCCUAUCACAUGAUUGUGGCAGAUGUGAAUUCAAACUCAAUGGUUUAUAUCUCCAAAACUUCUCCAGGCGACUCAAUUGUCCGUACGGCAAAGGUUGAUUUUGGUGUGCAUUCCUUUUCUACUUCCGGACUCGAUUCCCAAUUUGACAAGGAUUUACACAUGAAAACCGCUUUCUGUGAGAUAAUUGGUAAUAAAAGAAACAAAGAAAUGCCGCCGCUAAAGGAGAUGGCUGAGAAGUUUGUAUAUGAACCAGUCGAAGCUGGCCAAACGAGCGCAUCAUCUUCUCUCGACUCUAACAAGAAAAAAUCUGCUCUCCACAUGUCUUUUCCGGACAUAAAAGGGAAGCGCAGUGAUGAAACAACGAGUACAACAUCAUUGGCCGUGAAACCCACCAAGGAAGUGAAACAAAAGGACUCUGAAACAAUGAGUACAAUAGCAUUGGUCGUGAAACCGACCAAGCAGGUAAAGCUCUACGAGAGGUAUUUGAAGAAUGGCAAAUGGAACGACCACGACUUCACGUUCAAGAUCGCCCACUAGUUACAUUCAACAUUCCGCUAGCAUCCAUCCGAAUAUUAUUAUCUAUAUCCCUAAUAAAUAAGUAAUCUUAUCGGUGAUGCUGUAAUACAUCUUAUCAAUCUUGUCGAUUCAGGGAAACCUAUUUCCUUGGUCGGUGAUACAGUAUAUCCUAGUCG